AUGGAUCGAUCUUUGCGUGGCACUCGUGGUAUUCCUCUCGCUAUCCCGUCAAGCAACCCAUCCAGUGGCACAAACACACCACGUCGGAAGCCAAUUCUAGCUCCAUUACGGCGAUCCUAUAGCAAAACAGGCGAUCCCAAUAUACCCUGGACCAGUUCAAAGACUACAGUCCGGUCUUCCGCGUCGCCUGAUGCACGAUUGGAUAGCAAGCGCAUUCUAUGUCGUUCGAUUGAUUCUGAGCUGUCCGAAGUGACCAGUAUUCGUAGUGCUGCCUCCCAUCGUCGAGCAAUGCGUUUGUUCGAGGAAGCUGAGCGCAAACGUCGUCAGGGUGAUUCGUUACAGUCCGAUGAGGAUCGGAUACGUCGGAGUUUGCAAGAACCGCUUCGUGUCUCAGUGACCGAGGCGAACUGUGCUGUCCCGGUUUUGGACCCAGUGGUUGUUCCUGCCCUACCUGUACAGCGAUCUACUCUAGCCAAAGCUACGGCACAACGUCGUACUACCUCGGGAAGUUCUAUGAUCGGAGCUAGCUUAUCCGGUCCGCCAACAAAUGUGGAUCACAAACCAAUCACAACAUCCACUGCACUCGACAACAGUUCAAUUCGUUCGACUCCGGGUGCCAAAUAUAAUCCUUACACGGGUGCAUCGUUCCGGGAGAAUCCGGACUAUGCAGACCUAGUGAUAGGUCAUGCAGCCGGUUGUUCUCCUUCAUCUACAACCCAUGUUCCAAGUGCACCUUUGGAGGUUAUUCGUACCGGUUCUAAUCAGUUACACGGUUUACACGAACGGAGACCAUUGCGGGGUUUAUUCGACCCGACUCCCAUACAACCUCAGCAACCAAUUUCUCCGCAGUCUUCAAAUUUGACGCUCGGAUCGAAGCAUAUCGGUCCGGAUGCUCCGACUAAACCGUCACGCACAAAUGUGACCACGACCGACACAUCGGCCUCCGUUGUUCCCGCACCAUCUGAUUCCGGUGAGGAGCACCAGAUGCUCGGGGCCAGUGUAGUGGGUAUUGGACUCACGGAUGCUAUCGCCUCAGUUCCACCUCUUGAGAAAGCCAAUAUAUCCACCAUCGAGCCGGAGGCCCAGGUUUCUACCGUGUUUCGGCAGCGUAUUUUACAAAAGAAAAACAAAGAGCUGCAAAAAUUGCGGAAAGGUGCAACUAAUUCGGAAGCGGGCGAGUCUCAUCCAAAUGAAUCCGGUCCGGCUAAGACGUCCGCUGUAAAAUCGGAUGUGAACCAUCGACAUUUCCCAGUCUGUAAGUUAUGUGAUCCAGAUUCGCACUCAAAUGGCUCCGUGCCACUUUAA